CUGGCAACGGACAUUCGCCCGUCAAUGCGCGAGGCCAACGGUAGAGAGUGAACAGUUGUCGGUUUGUGUCUUGCAGUGUAUAUCGUGGUGGAAUAUAGUAACAAAUCAUGUAUGAAGAUGACAGAUCAUCGGAAGGCCCAAGGGGUACCUUUGAAAUAUAUAAAGCAGAGGCUGAUUCACUAUUCAAACAGGGAGAAUACAGAAAGUCCAUCGAAAGUUAUACGACGGCAUUGGAGCUUCAGAGAGGAGACAAGAGCUGCCUAGUUGCACGAUCCAAGUGCCACCUACAGCUGGGUGAUACCAAAAAUGCCCUUGUUGAUGCCGAGGCUUCUCUUGAGGAGGAUAAGACUUUUCACAAGGGAGUUUACCAGAAAGCUGAAGCACUGUACUACAAGGGGGACUUUGAGAUGGCGCUGGUGUUCUACCACCGCGGUCACAAGCUCCGACCAGAGCUACAGGAGUUCCGACUCGGAAUACAGAAAGCUCAGGAGGCCAUUGACAACUCAGUUGGAACUCCAGAGAAAGUAAAGCUGAACACCUCUGGAGACCUGUCAUUCUUUCAGGAUCAGGACGACAAGCAGAAGAGAAAGCGACAAACAUACGGAAGCUUUGCUCGCCAAAACGCCCAGCAACAGAGUAAGCAGAAGCGUGACACGACGCGCUCCCAGGCCAGCGAGAGGACCAUCAAACAGAUGCUGGGGGAGCUGUACGGGGACAGGAAGUACCUGGAACUUCUCCUCAAGGAGACAGAUGCCACAACAAGCACAGGGAAGACGAUCUCGGACUUGGUGGAGGAAGGUCUGUCAUACCUCGACACUCGCACAGACUUUUGGAGGCAGCAGAAACCCAUGUACACCCGGCUGUAUGAGCGUCGGGAACAGCGCCGGCGCCGAAAUUCAGGAAACAAGGGCCAGUCUCCUCAGGAUUACGUCAUGAGUGAAUUGGAGAGGAUAGAUGAAGCACAACUCAAUGGGAAGACGUCGGAGAGUCUGAAGCGGGCAGAGAAGUGCCUGGCAACAGUACAGAACUAUGGUGAUGACGCCAUCCCCAACAAGCUGGAGGUGACAGCCAACCUGCACAGCUACAUUGGUAAUGCCCACCUGGACAUGGGCAACUACGAGAAGGCACUGCACCAUCACGGCAUUGACCUUGACAUCGGAGAAAAGAAUAAGCUGACUGACGCUGUGUCCCGAGGCCUGGACAACCUUGGGAGGGUGCACGCCCGGAGUGGCAGCUUCGAGAAGGCAAUACAGGUGUGGGAGCGCAAGUUGCCGCUGACCAAGUCAUCCCUGGAGAACACCUGGCUGUACCACGAAAUUGGGCGCUGCCACUUGGAGUUGAGGGAGUACGCUGAUGCCAAGAAUUACGGGGAGAAGUCCCUUGCGGCAUCGGAGGAUGCUCAGGACAUGGUGUGGCAGCUGCAGGCAACGGUACUCAUAGCUCAGGCACAAGUUAAGCUGUCAGACCUCCAGGGGGCGCUGGUCAGCUUUGAGAAGGCGAUGGACCUCGCCAUGGUGCAGGAUGACCGGUCAGCAGAGGUGGCUAUCAAGAAGGCCAUUGAUGAAGUCAACAACAAGAUUGUCCAGUCACUCAAAGCAGAGAAGGAAGGUGGGGCUAGUCAGGAGAAGACGGGUGAGGAGACAGGGGAGGAGCAGGAUGACAACCAGGAUGACAACAUGGAUGACAACAAGGCAGCUGAAGAAGGAGGAACUGCCUAGAGUGUGACGACACCACAAGCCAACAGCUGUCUCUAAUCACAAGUUUCAACUCAGACAGAUCUUUAUGCUCAUGUCAGACUCUUGUUGUCAUGGAGUUACCUUCAUGACAUGAUGUACUGCCAGACGUUGCUUGAUUACUUACCCUGAGAGAUGUUAUGUCAUGCAGGUCAUAGAUGAAGGCUUUUGGCAUUCAGUAUUGACGUUGCGUUAACUGGUUAUUUCAUGCCAGUUGUAUGUUGUGUAUUUGUUGGGUACAUAACUUCGUUGCUACAAAUGUGUCAAAAAGUCAAAUUUUAUGUGUUCAAAUUAUGUUUACACUCGUUGAAAGUGUUCAGAAUGAAGCUGACUGUGAUAUGCAAUAAAGUAUUUACAACAUGAA